UACAGUUGUAUGUUUUCAAUUUUGAAGUUGAAGCAUAGUUUGGAUGCCAAUGGACUGCUUUCACCCUCGUUAUCCCAUCUUUGUAUUCCUCACCCUGCUGAUCAUAGUGCAGGCUUGGAAAGUAUCCACACAUGCAGUCGAGGAUGAUGUGAAGUAUGUAGAGCCUCAGAUUGAUGUGGGUGAAAACAGUUAUAGAGGAGUGAAGGCUCAGAUCGACUGUGAUAAGGAGUGCAAGAGGAGAUGCUCCAAGGCUUCAUUGCAUGAUAGGUGUCUCAAGUACUGUGGAAUAUGCUGUGAGAAAUGAAACUGUGUUCCACCGGGUACAUCUGGCAACGAAGAUGUGUGCCCUUGCUAUGCCAAUUUGAAAAACUCUAAGGGUGGACACAAAUGCCCUUAGCACAUACUCAUACGCAUAUAAUAAUCCCCAUUGCUUCCUCAGAAUAAUGGAUUAUGUGUUAUGUUACAAAGAAAUGCUAUAAUCCCCAUUCUUUCCUUGAGAAUGGAUUAUAUACUAUUGAAUUUAUCUUUAAUCUUUGCAUUCAUAUUUUAAUGUAAAAGUAGUUGUAUUUUCGUU